AAAACGGAACUUCCAAAAAUCUCCCACGAAAAACUCUCUCUGCUCUCUCUGCUCACACCCUUUUAAAAAAAAAAAAAAAAAAAACCCUAAGAGAGAGAAGACUUAGCCGAAUCCAUAGCCAAAAGCUCAGAACCUCAAGCACUCCUCCAAGAAGGUACGUCUGAAACCCUAGAAAUUACAAUUAUAUAUAUAUGUAUGUAUGCAUGUGUGUAUGUGUGUGUUGAUGAGGUUAUAUUGGUCUGAAUAUAUGGUUUGAGGGUUUUAAUGGGGAAAGGAAGACCUAGGGCUGUAGAGAAAGGGGUAUUAGGGCAGAGUUCUACUGUUUCAUCAUCUGGGUCAUUGGAUAUACCAGAAGGGCCUGUGUAUUAUCCAACUGAGGAUGAAUUUAAGGACCCUUUGGAGUUCAUAUAUAAGAUCAGGCCAGAAGCUGAACCAUAUGGGAUUUGUAAAAUUGUUCCACCCAAGAGUUGGAAACCCCCUUUUGCAUUAGAUUUAGAUUCAUUCACAUUUCCGACGAAAACUCAAGCCAUUCAUCAGUUACAAGCUAGGCCCUCGUCGUGUGAUCCGAAGACCUUUGAGUUGGAGUACGAAAGGUUUUUGGAGGAGCAUUGUGGGCGGAAGUCAAAGAAGAAGAUAGUCUUUGAAGGGGAGGAUUUGGAUUUGUGUAAAUUAUUCAAUGCUGUGAAGCGGUACGGUGGUUAUGAUAAGGUUGUGAAGGAGAAGAAGUGGGGGGAUGUUUCUCGAUUUGUGCCGCCAGGGGGAAAGAUUUCAGAUUGUGCAAAGCAUGUAUUGUGUCAGUUAUACCGAGAGCAUUUGUAUGAUUAUGAGAAUUAUUAUAGUCGGUUGAACCGAGGGAAAGGAAAGAGUUGCAAGGGAGGAGUGCAUGGUGAGAGAAAAAAUCAACAGGGGUGUGAUUUUUCAAGUUCUAAAAGAAGGCGAAAGAAUCUCGAGGGUGAGAGAGUAAAAGCAUGUAAGGUAGAGGAGGAAGAGCUUGAUCAGAUUUGUGAACAAUGCAGAAGUGGGUUGCAUGGGGAAGUAAUGCUGUUGUGUGACAGAUGUAAUAGAGGCUGGCAUAUAUAUUGUUUGUCACCACCUUUGAAGCAGGUUCCGCCUGGGAAUUGGUAUUGCUUAGAUUGUUUGAAUUCUGACAAGGAUAGCUUUGGUUUUGUGCCUGGUAAGCGAUUCUCCUUGGAAGCUUUCAGACGUGUGGCUGAUCGGGCCAAGAAGAAAUGGUUUGGAUCGGCACCAGCCUUGAGGGUGCAAUUAGAGAAAAAGUUUUGGGAAAUUGUGGAAGGAUCAGCUGGGGAAGUCGAAGUUAUGUAUGGCAGUGACCUGGACACAUCUGUGUAUGGAAGUGGGUUUCCGCGCAUAAAUGGUAAAAGACCAGCGUCUGUAGAAGUUGAGAAAUGGGAUGAAUAUUGUGCUAGCCCCUGGAAUCUCAAUAACUUGCCCAAAUUACAAGGGUCAAUGCUUCGGGCUGUUCAUCAUAGUAUUGCUGGUGUUAUGGUGCCUUGGCUUUAUGUUGGAAUGCUGUUCUCAUCAUUCUGCUGGCAUUUUGAAGACCACUGUUUUUACUCAAUGAAUUAUCACCACUGGGGAGAGCCAAAGUGUUGGUACAGUGUUCCUGGUAAUGAAGCCAUUGCAUUUGAGAAGGUAAUGCGGAAUAGUCUUCCUGAUUUGUUUGAUGCGCAACCGGAUCUGCUUUUUCAGCUUGUAACGAUGCUCAAUCCAUCUGUCUUACUAGAAAAUGAUGUUCCAGUUUACAGUGUACUGCAGGAGCCUGGAAACUUUGUCAUUACCUUUCCCAGAUCUUACCAUGGAGGUUUCAAUUUUGGCUUAAAUUGUGCUGAGGCUGUCAAUUUCGCUCCUGCUGAUUGGCUUCCUCAUGGUGGUUUUGGAGCAAAGCUAUAUCAGCAGUAUCACAAGGCUGCUGUUUUAUCUCACGAGGAGCUUCUUUGUGUGGUUGCCAAGAGUGACUUUGAUAGCCAAGCAUCACCUUACUUGAAAAAAGAAUUGCGUAGGAUAUAUGAUAAAGAGAAAACUUGGAGGGAGCAACUUUGGAGAAAUGGCAUUCUUAAUUCAUCUCCCAUGUCACCACGAAAACACCCCGAAUAUGUGGGUACUGAAGAGGAUCCUACAUGCAUUAUAUGCCAACAAUAUACGUAUCUUUCUGCUGUUGUUUGCCGCUGUAGGCCGUCUACUUUUGUUUGUCUAGAGCAUUGGGAACACCUCUGUGAAUGCAAGCCUAACAAACGUCGGCUUCUUUAUCGUCAUACUCUGGCAGAAUUGAAGGAUUUGGUGCUUUUAACAGAUAAACAUGAUUCUUGGGAGACAGCCCAUGAUAGAAAUUUGAGAAGGCAACUUUUGGCUUCUGAUGAAUCGGGUGCUUUGACUAAAAAGGUAAAAGGUGGUCAUGUCACUCUUGCCCAACUUGCGGAAGAAUGGCUUCUAAGUUCUUGUAAGAUUCUUCAGAUUCCAUAUUCUAGGGAAGCUUAUAUUAAGGCAUUAAAGGAAGCCGAGCAGUUUCUUUGGGCUGGUUCAGAAAUGGAUCCGGUGCGAGACGUGACAAAGAACUUGGUUGACGCUCAAAAUUGGGCUAAAGGUGUUAGAGAAUGUCUUUCUAAAGUGGAAAAGUGGUCAUGUCAUUGCAGCUGUGAUACAGAAAAAGUGCAGUGGGAGCAUGUUGACAAUUUACUUGGCUUUGAUCCAGUGCCUUGUAAUGAGCCUGCACUUCUUAAAUUAAAGGAUUAUGAAAAUGAAGCUAGAGCUUUGAGCCAGGAAAUUAAUUCCACCCUUUCAAUGUGCUCAAAAGUUUCUAUUGCUGAUUGGGAAAUGUUAUACACCAGAGUCUGUGACUUGCCAAUAUAUAUCAAUGAAAGUGAGAAGUUAGGACAGAGGUUAUCUUCUACAAAGGCCUGGAUAGACAACGUAAGGAAAUGUGUCUCGGAGAAAUCUCCUGCUGCAAUAGAGGUGGAUUUCGUCUAUGAGUUGCAAUCAAAGAUUCCGGAGCUUGAUGUUGAACUACCUGAAGCUGAAAUGCUUUUGGGUUUAUUAAGGCAAGUUGAAUUAUGCCAAGUUCAGUGCACUGAGAUGUUGAAGGGUUCUUUAAAUCUGAAGAAACUUGAGGCACUUUUUCAAGAAUUGGAUGAUUUCACGGUCAACGUGCCACAGUUGAGACUUUUGAGACAGUACCACAGUGAUGCUAUCUCAUGGAUUUCCCAUUGUAAUGAUGUUCUAUUAAACAUUCAUGAACGGGAGGAUCAAGAAAAUGUUGUUAAUGAGUUAACUUGCAUUCAAAGAGAUGGAACAUUGUUGAAAGUUCAAGUUGUUGAUGAGUUGUCUCGUGUUGAGAUUGAGUUAAAGAAGGCUUGUUGCAGGGUAAAGGCUCUGAAGGCUCUUGAUAGGAAGAUGUCUUUGGUUUUCAUCCGACAAAUAAUGGUGGAGGCAACCAUAUUGCAGAUUGAAAAGGAGAAGUUGUUUGGUAGUAUUUCUGGAGUACUUGCAGCUGCUAUGCAUUGGGAAGAAAGAGCAACACAUAUUCUUGCUUGUGAAGCUCAGAUGUCGGAUUUUGAGGAUGCUAUAAGGACUUCUGAGGACAUAUGUGCUAUUCUACCUUCUUUUGAUGUUGUCAAGGAUGCGUUAUCUUUGGCAAAGUUGUGGUUGAAGAAGUCUGAGCCAUUUUUAGUGUCUUAUUUAUCUGUAGCACCAGUCUCAAGUUCUCUGCUUAAAGUUGACGAUCUGAAGGAGUUGGUUUCACAGUCAAAGCUUUUGAAGAUAUGUUUAAGAGAACAAUCAAUGCUUCAAACAGUUUUAGAUAACUGCAUUGAAUGGCAGCAUGAGGCCAGCUCUUCACUGCAUGCCAUGGCAUGCUUCUUAAAUACUGAUACUAUUGAUGAUGCAAUUGCCAGUGCUCUUAUUUCGAAAAUUGAACAGCAAGUUACUUCUAUGGAGUCAGUCAUAAAAGCUGGCUUGUCUCUUGGUUUAGACUUUGGCGAGAUUCCAAAACUUCAAGAUGCUUGUUCUACUCUCAGCUGGUGCUUUAAGGCUCUUUCUUUCUGUUCUGAUGAUCCCCAGCUUGAGGAAAUUGAAAUGUUGAUGGAAGAUGCACACCACCUUCCUGUUACAUAUGUAUCCAGUUCUUUGUUUAUCUUGUUAAUUGAUGGGGUAAAUUGGCUGAAGAAAGUUGCUGAAAUUUCUAUGCCAUGCAACCGUAGAAAAUUCAAGUUGUCUGAUGCUGAAGAAAUUCUUGGGCAAUCUCAGAGUAUUAAGGUGUCCUUUCCACCGAUGGUCAGUCAACUUGAUAAUGCUAUCAAGAAACAUAAUUUGUGGCUAGAGCAAGUGCGUCUUUUCUUCAGCCUAAAGCCAGACGACCGGUCAUGGAUUUUAUUGUUACAACUAAAGGAACGUGGGAGCACUGAUGCCUUUAAUUGCCCUGAGCUAGACAUGGCUUCAGAUGAAGUUCAAAAGGUUGAGCGAUGGAAGCAACGCUGUGAAGACAUUGCUGGGACUUCAGUUGGAGAUAUGACAACACUGCUACAUACUUUAUUAGAGAUAAUAAACACUCUUGAUAAAUCCUUGUACAUAUAUGGCUUAUCUAAGGGCUGCAAGGCCACAGAACUAUGCAUAUGCUGCUUCGGUAAUUUUGAGGAUCAGGAGUUUUUAACUUGUUCGGUGUGCAAGGACCGCUACCACGUGCGGUGCCAAAGUCCAACACCAGCUGAUGCAAAUGGUGCCGCAUUAUAUUUGUGCCAUUAUUGCCACUUUUUGGAAAGUGGGAAAAUCUCUCAAAAUGGUGGCGGUCCGCUGAAAUUUGGAGGGAAGUGUGCUGGGUUGAAUAAGCUUAUUGAGCUUCUAUCUGAUGCUGAAGAUUUCUCUCUAUGGAUUGAGGAGAGAAGUAUACUUCGCAAAGUUGUGGAUAAAUCUCUUGCAUGUAAAGCUUGCUUAACAGAAAUUGUGGAUUUUGCUUUAGCUUAUCAUGAUGAAGAUUUCAGCAUCGUUGCUGAAAAACUAUCAAUUGCAACGAAGGCAGUAGAAGUGGCAGGUGUUUGUGAUCAUCAGGGUAAUUGCAAUUUUGAGCUGGCAUUAGCAAGAAACUCUUGGCGAGUCAGGGCCAAUAAACUGUUAGUAGGUCCGCAGAAGCCCACAAUCCAACAGAUUCAGCGACAUUUGAAAGAGGGCCUCGCUAUAAGCAUACCUUCUGAGGAUCACUUCUGGAAGAAACUUACCGAAGUGAAACACGUGUGCACAGAGUGGGCAGAUAAGGCCAAGAAGGUUUCAAUGGACUCCGGAGCACUAGGGUUGGAUAGGGUUUUUGAGCUUAUUACAGAGGGUGAAAAUUUGCCUGUUCACUUUGAAAACGAACUUAUGUUAUUAAGAGAUCGAAGUAUGCUUUACUGCAUCUGUCGAAAGCCUUACGAUCAGAGAGCAAUGAUUGCUUGUGACAAAUGUGAUGAGUGGUAUCACUUUGAUUGCAUUAAACUCUCUGUUCCACCAAAGAUUUAUAUAUGCCCUGCAUGUAAGCUUCAGGCAGAGGACCUGUCUUCAUCACCAACAAUUACCCUAGAUAGAUCAAUUGGGUUGAACUGUGAAGAGCCUCAAACGCCCUCUCCACGGCGCAGAGAGUUGAGAUGUAAAUCAAGAAAACCAAAGUCCAGCACAAAGCGAAAGUUGCUGGUAACUGCAGAUGACAGUAAUGUCUUGAGGCAUUCUAGUGGGAUUGAAUGUUUGUUAUGGAGAAACCGCAAACCUUUCAGAAGAGUAGCUAGAAAACGCUCGCAGCUUGAGAGCCUGUCUCCAUUUUUUAUUAUUCAAAAAUAAUUGUCAGAUAGAUAUCAAUCAUUUUAUCAAUUCAAUUGAUUCUUAACACAUUUUCAUGUUUUCUUGCCACACCACCCCCCCGGUGUUUUACCGUACCCCAAAAGGUGGCUACUCUCUCUCUCCUUUUUAAGUUCUUUUACAAUUUUGCAGCUAGAGAUAGAGAGAUUGCAUUUUUGUAUUGAUGGGCAUGCCUUGGCAAACAUCAUGAUUGCAGGAGAGGGGAAAAUAAAUGUUGUUGGUUGGGGUUAAUCUAAUUUUAGAACUAGUAACUUUCAGAUAAGAAAGGGUCAACUUUUGAUAUAAAAGUGAUUUCCAGUUC